AUGACACAGUCAGAUCUCAACCAGCUGCUCGACAUGGGCUUUGAGAAGGCCCGGGCUGAGCUUGCCGUGAAGAAGACCGGAAACCUGAACGGAGCUCUCGAGUGGCUCGAGACCAACCAGGACAAGCCCCUUGAGGAGCUUGCUGCCGCUGCUGAAGCCGCCAAGGACGACGAUGACGAUGCCGCUGAGGUCCAAGCCAACAUUGAGGCUCUUGAGAACGGCGGUACGGCAAAGUCUCUCGUCUGCAACGAGUGUGGCAAGCGCUUCAGAUCUCAGGAUACUGCCUCAUACCAUGCAUCCAAGACCGAUCACACCGACUUCUCAGAGUCGACCGAGGAGAUUGCUCCCCUGACAGAGGACCAGAAGAAGGAGAAGCUCAUCCAGCUCCGGGAGCAGCUCCAGGAGAAGAACGCAAAGCAGGCCCUCCUCGACAAGGAGGACGCCAAGCGCAACGAGAAGAUUCGCAUGAAGGCCACAAAGGAGACACAGGAGGCCAAGGAGGAGCUGGCGCGCAAGGAGCAGAUCAAGGAGGCCGCCAAGAAGCGCCAGGAGAAGCAGGACGACAUCGAGGCGAAGCGCCGCAUCAAGGCCAAGAUCGAGGCCGACAAGGAGGAGCGUCGCCGCAAGGCCGAGGAGGCCAAGGCCGCGAGAGAGGGAAGAGCCCCCGAGGCUCCGGCCGCCGCCGCCGCACCUGCCGCCCCGAAGGCGGUCGCUAACCACAACGAGGCUCGCUUGCGCCUACAGACCGCGGGUGGCAACGUCGUCAAGACUCUGCCUGCUGAGACCACGCUGUUCGAGGUGGCGCAGAUGCUGCAGUCCGAGACCGGAACGGCAGUCACGAGCUUCUCGACCACGUUCCCUCGCAAGACGUUUGAGGGCCACAUGGAUCUCAGCAAGACCUUGAAGGAGGCAGGGCUCACUCCCAGCGCCGUUCUCAUUGUCAAAUGA